AUGUACAGUUAUAACAACAUCAUCGAUAAGGGCGAGCCCAGUAACAAGGAGGUGAUUGACCGUGUACCUCUUUGCCUUGAGCCAGCUGGCAUCGUGUCGCAGCAUCGCGUGGAUGACCGGGUGGAUGUUGUGGUUGUGGAAAAUUUCUUGUCCAGCGCGGAGUGCGACGAGCUCGUUGCCGCCUGCGAGAAGGUGGGCUACACCUUCUGGCGGCAGAAGGACGCCAACGCCAUCUGUGACGAGGGGAAGUGCGGCGGAGAAAAGGAGGCACGCGCUUUUCGUGUGGUGGACACCAUUGAAGCAACUUUCCCGCAGUUGUCACAGGCGCUCUCGGAGCGCAUUCAAAAGGUGGUGCAUUUGGAGCCAAAGACCUUUGAUUCAUCCGCGACGGGCUCAGCGGACAUGUUUUCCCGUGACCUUGAGGGCACCUGGGUGCCGUUGACCCUCUCGAGCAACCUGCUGCUCGGUAGGUAUGGGCCUGGUGGACACUUCUCCCCGCACCUUGAUGGGUCCACCGUGGUGGACCUGAAUACGCGCUCUCUCUACACGCUACUCAUCUACCUGAACACCUGCGAGCGCGGCGGGGAAACGGUGAUGUUUACGGGAGAACAGGCGGACCUCCUCGAGCUGGACGCAAAAACCGGCAAGUACACUGGUAAAGAGGUAAACCGCGUUGGGGCGGUUUGCCCCAAAAAGGGUUCCGCCGUAUUCUUUUUCUGCGACGUCCUUCACGAAGCUUUACCGGUGGGGAAGGGAGGUAGCAAGUACAUCAUCCGUGGCGAUUUCCUCUACCGUCGUGAACCACCGAUUUUGACGGCGGAGAAUGACAAGAGGGCCUUUGAGCUUUACGAGCAGGCACGUGUGGCGGAGAGUGGUGGAAAUGCCAUGUUGGCCUGCGAACUUUUUCAACGUGUGCGUAAGUUGUCAAAAGGGGUAGCGGAACUCUACCAACUAUAA